GUAGUGGGUCCAUAUGGUGAGACAUACCCAGCAAGUCAUGAUGCAAACCAGGCCAUGAAUAUAAAAGCUGAGGAAGUCACAGAGUCACAAGAGGAAGCUGAUCCUGUGCGAAUAACAUUUCAGGAAAUAAAGGCUAAACCUGAGAACUGUACAAAUUUGGAGAAUGCUUUAGUGGUUCCACAUGGUGAGACAUACCCAACACCUCAUGAUGCAAAUCAGGCCAUGAAUGUAAAAGCUGAGGCAGUCUCAGAUGCAGAAGAGGAAGAGGAUCCUGUCCCAAUAACAUUUCCAGAAAUAAAGGCCGAACUAGAGGUGAGCUGUGUGUGCACUGUUAGGCAGAUGACACAAAUGUGCAGAAAUGCUGCUUGUCUGUCUGCAAACAUGAAACAGCUCCACUGUGCUGUUGACUAGAUUCUGAAGGUUUCUUUUUCCUGUAAUGUCUCUAGGCAACUGUAGUUUGUAGAAUGUUGCUUGUGAUGUACCAGUCCCAUUUUCUUUUGAUCAGUUCUAAUAUAGAUGAAAUGAAAUACUGUAUAAACUGAAUGUUUGCGGUAAAUUCUAUACAGGAAAAAUUCUUCAAAAUUUCUUUGUCCAGUCCAAUAAGCAGUGCUUUGGUACUACAUCAUAGAGUUCCCAGGAUCUAUAAAUGCUGAAGUUUAUAAUUUGUUUUCUGUCUCCCAUGCAGUCCGUAUCCAUGUAAUAACAUCAUCAUCAGUAAUCUGUCAGACGACAGGUCCACAGU